AUGCCUUUGAGCCCUCUGCCUACUCCGUCUGCACCAACCCACUCGCUCUUUACUACCAAGACCGAUUCUUUACCUGCUCUCGAUGACCUUGUACAGCUGGAAUCAGAGCUCAGGAUUUUGCGCGAGGAGGCGGCCCUCCGAAUAGACAAAUCAGAAUCGGGACUGCAUACUUCGGAUGUUAUAUGGCGAAGAGCCAAGGAUAAAACAAGAGGACUGGUUCGUGACAGGGAAGCAAAGCCGAAAGAUAACGAUAGGAUAAGGGCGAUCAAACUCAAGCGGGAGACUGGUACUCCAACCCCCGACGCGGAAGACUUUGAUACGAAAUUUGGAAGUCACCCCAGUAGUAACGGGACCGCAUCCAAAGGUUUGGGCAACGGAACGAGGCAUCUCGCACAUACGUCCAAUACAUACAAAAAGUCGAAAAUCGCAGCAGCGAAAAAGCGAAAGCACGCAGACAGCGACGGGGAAGCAUCAGAUCAUGGGGCUACACACUCCCAUAAAUCUAAAGUUAACGGGUCAUCCAAGCUGGCUGGUAGUUCACAAGCCAACCCCCGCGUCGCUGAGGACUUUACAUUACCCAAUCGUGAGAUAGUACCAUCCAAGCCGAGCCUAGCAGCACUAUCUAUAUUCCCAUAUCUCCACCAAACCCCUGAUGAGCCGCAAUCACUUAGACCCGAGAGGUCCACUUUGAGCCGGAAUAAUUCAAAUAUACCCUCCACGGCCUCACCAUCAACACAACCUGACACACGGGAAGAUAUUUAUGCGGCGAGAUCUGCAAUGGACAGUAAUCCCCUGUCGGUGAUGGAUGACUUCUCUGCGGCGCGGCAGCCGCCCAAUCAAACUACGAUCACUACGUUCUGGACAGCGGCGGACCCGUGGAUCAAACCUUUGGGGCUUGAAGACCUUGCAAAUUUGGAACUGGAGGGCGACGAUAUCCAGCCGUACGAAUUCGUACCACUUGGUCGUCAUUAUCUUGAUCGUUGGGACGACGAAGAUACUCAGGCGUUUGCCGAUGAGCUCGGUGCACCUUCCACAUCUAAUCUUUCUGCGUUUCCGGCCUCCACUAUGUCAUCCGCAUUAAACGUUGACCCUCAUCAAUCAUGGGACCCUGCAUCGAUCGGCCCCGAAGACCUCGUGCGAGAUGAGCGUAGUAUGGGGAUUGUGCGUGCCCGGCUUUUGGCAGCGUUCUUACCGGUGCCUGGUGGAGUAAUUAUCGGGAAAGAAGAUGGUGGUGGUGAAGGCGAUGAAAGGGAGAAAGAGCGGAGAACGGGCACAGGGACCGCGGGAGCGAUGGGAAUACUAGAAUUCCCGGAUUUGGAAGAGAGACUGCGAGCUGAAGCAAGUGCAAUAGGUCUAUUGGGUGACGACGAUUCUGAACCGAUCAUUCCGGCAGAUGAUGAAAUUGCAUCCUCACUUCGACGGUUGCAAAGGAUUCUUCGAGCACAGUCGACUCUCAACUCGAUUCGUAAACGGAUCUUGCAAGACCGCGCAAAUCUCGCACUUGGAUUUUCGGAAUACCGCUCUACUCUCGCCACGGUCGAUAAGCCCAUCCAGAUUGCAUAUUCCAAGAUCAUGCGCUCGGCAGCGGCCAAACCAGGGAAAAAGGGAAAGAACAAGGCCCUUUUGAGUGCAAAUAUUUUAGACGAGAAGAUUUCAGCAGGCGGUGUUCCAUUGCAGUUGUCCCCUGAAUUGAUGGAGAGAGUACGACUCCGAAGGCGUUUUGUAGACACGUUUGGUGCGGCACUUAAGGCCGACGACGAUGGCGACGGAGGUAUUCAACCGAGUGGCCAUAUCGAAAUGGUUCAUUUUGUGAAUCCUACCGUACUACCUCGUAGGAGUAUAUACGAAGGAGCAGAGGAAGAGGCCGAGAAAGAGCUCGGAUGGCCAUUCAAAGCUAUGGUUGCUGGCGUCGUUGAGCCCCCUGGGGAUUCAGGAGUCACGAAUGGUCCCAAUUGA